CCAGCCAGCCAGCCGGGGGUGCGGGCGGCAUGGCCGGCGAAGGGAUCGUCCGCUUCUUCCGAAACAGCCUGCGCCGGAGAUCGUCCCGGAGAGCAGCUGAAUGCCCGGAGGCCUCUACUACAGAAAGCAAAUCUGCUGUUAGUGGGAGGCCGAGAGAGCGAAGCAGCUUCCCGCCUUCUGCCGGUCACCUGUUCUUUGAGUAUUUGGUUGUGGUCUCAAUUAAGAAGAACACGAACGGAGAUUAUGAGCCGAAGAUUACCUAUCAGUUCCCAAAGCGUGAGAACUUGAUGAGGGGGCAGCGUGAAGAAGAGGAGAGGUUGCUGCAAGCCAUUCCCCUCUUCUGCUUUCCAGAUGGCAAUGAAUGGGCACCACUCAUGGAGUACAAGAGUGAAACAUUUUCCUUUGUCCUCACCAACGUUGAUGGGAGUAGAAAGAUUGGCUACUGCAGGCGGCUGUUGCCUUCUGGACGAGGUGCUCGUCUGCCUGAGGUUUACUGUAUUGUAAGCUGCCUGGGCUGCUUUGGCUUGUUUUCAAAGAUUUUGGACGAGGUGGAGAAAAGGCGGCAGAUCUCUACAGCGGUCAUCUACCCCUUUAUGCAGGGUCUACGCGAAUCCCCUUUUCCAGCGCCAGGAAAAACUGUCACCAUUAAAAGCUUCAUCCCUGACUCGGGGACAGAGCAAAUUGAGCUAACACGUCCCCUGGACUCUCACCUGGAACAUGUGGAGUUUCAGGCUCUCUUGCAGUGCCUCAGUCCCGAGAAGAUCCUCCACAUAUUUGCCUCUGCAGCUCUUGAACGACGGAUCGUGUUCCUGGCUGAGGAGCUCAGUUCCCUCUCCAAGUGCAUUCAUGCCGCUGCAGCUCUUCUUUACCCCUUCACCUGGGCCCAUACGUACAUCCCAGUGGUUCCAGAGCAGCUUCUCAGCACUGUCUGCUGCCCCACACCCUUCAUGGUGGGGAUCCAAAGGCGCCAUCUGGAUGAAGUUCUGGAUCAACCAAUGGAAGAGGUGCUGCUUGUUGACCUGUGUGAAGGAAAGUUCUUAAAAGUGGUUGGUGAUGAAGAAGAGAUCUUGCCUGCCAAGCUACAGAAUGAGAUGCUGUCCUCUCUUCCCGCGAUGAACAACAACAUACAGACAUCUGAGGAACUCAAUGCCUGCGUUUCGGAUGCCUUUGUGCAGUUCUUUGUGAAGAUUAUAGGCCACUAUCCGGCACACAUCAAAUGGAGCAAAAAUGGCCAGGGCUCCUUUCAGGAGCGGCCUUUCUGCAAGGCCCUCACGUCAAAGACCAAUCGCAGGUUUCUAAAAAAAUUUGUGAAGACUCAGAUGUUCUCGUUAUUUAUUCAAGAAGCAGAAAAGAGCAGGAAGUGUGUAGAAGGAUACUUUCAGCAGAAAUUAAAUGAAUAUCAAGAACAAAAGCAAAGGAGACUCUCCUGAACCUGUGUUCUAGAGAGGAUUGCUCACCAGCAGAUAGGCAAGCCUAUCAUAUACUUGGACUGAAAUAACUUCGUAAGAGGAAGAACGCCCUUGGCUUUGCUGGCUGUCAUGAUAGUGUCUUGCCUUCAUCUGUGAACCAUGGGAGGGCAUGGAGGUUUCAGACUCUAUUUCCUGCCUUUCCCAUGACUGGCACUACAAGAUGUUUCUUUGAUAUAGUUUGGCUGUAGUUUUAUAGCCUGACAGUUGGACAAACCUUCAGUUGUAAAGAAAAUGACAACAUAAAACUGUAACAAACUGAGUUAUCAUCUUGGUCAAAACAGGACUCUAGGUUUCUCUAGAAACACAGUCAAAUGAGAGCUGUGGAGUGAUUAAUGAUGAAAAAGUAUGUAGAGUAAUGACUGAGACAAAUUAUGUUCAUUGGAAACAUUUUUAUUCUCAUUAAAAUGGUUUCCAGUUCAAA